UCUCAGCUCGUCACCAUACAGGAAGAGACCCUGUGACAUCUCGAUUUAAAUUCAACGACGUGCAGAUAUAUAGAAUCAAAGCACUUCAGGAUUUGGCAUUAUAACUUUGAACCGGAUCCCGUUGGACUUCACCUGGAGCGAUGACUUCUGCCAGAUAUGAAUAUGACCGGAGGCAUAAUGGCCAUCACGAGCGGAUUGACUUCUUAACCAGCAAAGAAAAAGUGUCAUCAAAGCGGAAGUUGGGCAUUGUGAUCGGGGUCCUUUUGGCGCUUCUCAUCGUUGCGGCCGUUGCAGCGUUCCUCGUUUGGUUGUUUGUCUUUAAAGAUGCUGAUUCAGAAGCCACUCUUAGUAAGCAGCUUGGACCAUCAGCGCAGGUCUUCAGUGGGCAUAUGAAGCUGGUUAAUGUACCGUAUAACGUGAAGCUGGAGAACACCAAUGGCAAGGAAUUCGAGGAUUUGGCGGACAAGCUGGAGGCAGUUCUUAAGGAAAACUACAAGAACGAUCCACUCCUCGAAAAAUACCACACUAAGUCUGUGAUCACUGCAUUCAGUGAGGGUGUAAUAGCCUACUAUUGGUCCAAGUUUGACAUUCCAGUCGUAGACCUGGAGGUCGAGCCUGAGUUCUCAGAAGAGCGGGUGUUGAAGGCACUGGAGGAUGGUUUGAAGGAGCAGCGCAGCAUGGGGAGCCCCAGCGAUAUAAAGAUCAGUGAAGUCACAACCUCAUUCACAGAUCCCCGCAUGGCCAGGAACCCCAGAGCCAGGGAGUGUUUCUUCCGUCUGGAGGCCGAAGAAAUGGCAAAAGGAUUUUCGUCACCAGGGUACCCCAGCGGCUACCCCUCCAAGUCUCGGUGUCAGUGGCAGAUCCGAGCUUCAGAGGGCAACGUCGUAUUUGUCACUUUCCCUUUUUUCCACGUCGAGGAUGACUGCUCUAACGAUUUUGUCUCCAUCUAUGACUCUUUGAGUCCAGAUGAUUCUCAGGCCAUCACAGAGAAGUGUGGUCAGAGGCCCCCCUCCAACCCUCUGGAGGUGGUGUCAUCCGGCAACAUCAUGCUGAUUAAUUUGAUUACUGAUACUGAUGUCCAGAGGCCUGGCUUCGAGGCCAAGUAUAAAGCCAUCCCCAGGUCAAAAGUUAAAACCUGUGGUGGCAUCCUCUCUGAAACCCAAGGAGUCUUAACCUCCCCACUUCACCCCAGCUUCUAUCCUCCUGCAGUGGACUGCAAGUGGACCAUCAAGGUCCCUGCAGGGAAAGAGGUGCGGUUGAAGUUCACCAUGUUCCGCAUGAAAGAGCCUGGGGUUGACAUCCGUGUGUGUCACAAAGACUAUGUGGAGGUUAUGGGCAACAAGUAUUGCGGAGAAAUGACCUCUUUGGAUCUGACCAGCACCACCAACUUCCUAGAUGUGACCUUCCACUCCGAUGAGUCCUACACUGACAAAGGCUUCAGUGCCAUCUACAGUGCUUACGACCCCGCAAACCCUUGCCCGGACAAGUUUGCCUGCGCCUCUGGAAUCUGCAUCGAGAAAGACCUGCAGUGUGAUGGCUGGAACGACUGCGGUGAUAUGAGCGACGAGAGGAAGUGCCAGUGUGAAAAGGAUCAGUUUGCAUGUGAAAAUGGCAUUUGCAAACCAAAACUGUGGUUGUGCGAUCGCGUCAACGACUGCGGAGAUGGGAGCGAUGAGAAAAAAUGCAGUUGUGGGGAGACUGAGUGGCUCUGUGGUAACGGGCUUUGUAUGCCUCAAGAUGUUGUGUGUGACGGUAAGAAGGACUGUGAAGAUGGAAGCGACGAGGCCUCUUGUGAAACUUCUCCGGGCAUCUGCUCUGACUACAGCUUCAAGUGUAAGAACGCAGAAUGUGUCAACAAGGUGAACGCCGAAUGUGACCGUGUUAACGACUGCUCUGAUGACUCCGAUGAAGUGGACUGUGCUUGUGGCACCAGGCCCUAUAAGCUGAACCGCAUCGUAGGAGGGCAGAACGCUGAAAUGGGGGAGUGGCCCUGGCAGGUCAGCCUUCACUUCAAGACCUAUGGACAUGUUUGUGGUGCCUCAAUCAUAUCUGAGAGGUGGCUCCUUACGGCCUCCCACUGCUUUGUCACCAACAGCGCAGAGAACCUCGUUGCAUCCAACUGGCAAACUUACAGUGGCUUGCAGGACCAGUACAAGCAUGAGGGUGUACAGCGCCAACCAGUGAAGAGGAUCGUCAGCCACCCGAAUUACAACCAGAUGACCUUUGACUAUGACAUUGCACUGCUGGAGCUCAGCGAACCUCUGAAGUUCACCAACACCAUCCAACCCAUCUGCCUACCCGCUUCCUCCCACGUCUUCCCUGCAGGCAUGUCCUGCUGGGUCACAGGCUGGGGCGCGCGCCGAGAAGGAGGUUCAAAGGCACAGCUGCUGCAGAAGGCAAUGGUGAAAAUCAUCAACGACACAGUAUGUAACAUUGUCACGGAGGGCCAACUUACCUCCAGGAUGCUCUGCAGUGGAUUCUUGGCUGGAGGAGUUGACGCAUGCCAGGGAGACUCCGGAGGCCCCCUGGUGUGUUUCGAGGAGAGUGGGAAGUGGUUCCAGGCGGGUAUUGUGAGCUGGGGUGAGGGCUGCGCUCGUCGGAACAAGCCUGGUGUCUACUCGCGCGUCACCAAGCUGAUAGACUGGAUCAAGAAGGAGACAGAGAAUUGAUGAUGUCAGUAGGAACAGAGAGGGAUGCAGAGCGGGAUCAACAUCAUAGUGUUAAAAAAAAGAAAAGGAGACGGAACAUUUGAGUCGGAUUCAGGACAAGUCUCUCCAAGAUUUAUUAAUUUAGCAACAGACUGAGGAUACUGUUUACGAUUACCCAAACACUCAAAUGGAUGACUUGAAGCACUUUAUUUGGUUGCCAACUCCCAUUUUCCCACUCAUCCCACACACACACUGAACGUUUUACACAGUGUUUAUACAAAAGGUAAAUUGUAAACAGGUAAGAUGCCUUUAUGCUCUUGAGCAUGAGUGAAUGUUGCACUUUGCCAGUGAGCUCAUGCUGUAGAUAGCUAUGAAUUUUGGGUUUUAUUUUUUAAGAAUUUUAAAUUACCGUAACUCUCGUUUUAGCCGUGGACUGUAUAUAAAAGGGGACGCAGUGACCGGGAGGUCACCCAUUGGUUUGUGGACUGGUGUUUUGAAGCCUUGAGGUUUGGCAUUAUGGCCGUCGCCAUCCUGUUUUUUGGGCGGUUGCAAUCUUUGUGUUUUGCAAUGUGAUAUGAGAGGGUGGAGCUAAGUACAAUGAUGAAUAAGACAUUUUUAGGGGACCAAAAACGUUACAAUUGACUUUCAUGAACUGAAAAAACACUGUGAAAGGGUUAAAGUUCUUAGAAAAAAAGAACUGACAACUCCCAGACUGGACUAGCCAACAUAGAGACCUGUCAAGGAAAAAGGAACCCAAGCCAUUAAACAUUCCCUGUUUUAUUCCAUUUGACUCUAAAUGGGACCAUAAUUGACUAAAUGAACAUCAUGCUGUAUUCAAGAAGACUUGGCAAUUGAGACCAUAAAAAUAUGGUAUACUCAUGAAUGCUUAGAAUGCUAGUUUAAGGCUCUCAUAGAAGCAUGGCACAGGUUUUUAGAUUGAUUAAAGCAUUUAUGUUCCCAUCUGUCAGACAACCAUUAGUCUUAGAUUUUCUUAGUAUAGUAUAAAGAUUAACUUUUAGAGACAUCAGCAUUACUGUUAUAGAAGUUAAGAUAACAAAUUAGGAGAACAAGGAAAAGAAAAAAGACUCAACACAUUGUUCAAAUCCAUGCAGGGACAUUUUCAUACCAUGCUUAAAUCAAUGAAAGCCAGAAGCAUAUAAAAUGUAUUAAUCUAUCUAAAAGCUCACAACAGAAAGUAUACCAGAUUUGUAGUCUGUGGGCUGAAACAGGCAAAAACACUGAAAUACGGAAGUGACCCUGAAGUUGUUUUAAGUUGUUGUUGAUCUGAACUACAUCAGUAUUUCUUAUACAUAUUUACAGAUGCUUACUGGCCUUGCCUGGUCUGCGAAUGAGUUGCCAACGUGAUAAUCAAAAGGGGGGCAAGAGGAUUAGAUCCAGAUGGCUUAUGCACAGGUCUUCCUAGUUAAGCUCAGCGUGAUUGUGAUCUUCAGUCACACACACACCUGAGAGCCAAAACAAACCAAUGAGGUUUUAACCAGUUUGCCGGAGCAAUGCAAUGAGUUCUUAUCCCUAUGAGAGUUUUCACUCUUUGGUCAACUUUUAAAUCUAAGAGUUGACUGGAUGGUUUAUUUUACUCUCUGCCUUCAUCUCUGACUUAUCCUGGAAUAUUGUAUCCUGCAUAAGCAAACCAAAGAUUGUUAUUUGUGUUAUUUAUUUAAGGGGAUAAAUUUGUUGAGGAUAAUGCUCAGCGGACCUCUUUUAUUAAUUCCAUGGGGCCUAACAGUCAAACUAUGCAAGUGUAAAUGUGUAUUUUUCAUAAAUUAGGGAGAAGCCACAACUUUGAAAUAUAAGAUAUUUUCAUUAUCAUUGUACAGUGUGAUUUGGAAUA